AUGCCUCUAUUUGAUGCAUACGUGGCUUCGGCCCGGCCACAGGAACUUCACAACCCGCUUUUGAACCCAAUCCUGGCGGACAUCCUCGAUCUGCCCCCAAAGAUGCUGUUCAUCAUCCCAACAUUAGAUAUUCUGGUACAAGAGCAGACUGUAAUGGUGAAUCGCUUGAAGAGGGAAGCUGAGCAAUUAAACUCACGUCCAACCGAACAGGUUGAUACUGGAAUUGCAUCUGGGGUGAAAUCAGCCCCCGAGUGUCACCCUCGUGAAAGACUGAUGACAAAUUUCGGUUUAAGACCACCUCGUUACCAUGUAGAAAGCAUAUUGUUUGAGAAUCAACUGCAUGGUUGGUUAGAACUCCCAUCUAUGGCUAUUGAUGAACAGACUCGCAUUUCUGCCUUUGACGCUGGUAUCCGCUUCAUAACAGAUGUUCAUCGUGAGCAUGGUUGGCAUCUCGCCACUAGCAUAUAG